GGGACAGCCCUGCCUGGACACACAGUUACUGUGGAUUUUUAAGAGAUUCAGUUUAAGAAUUUAGGAAUUUCUGAUUCAUUUACAGGAUUUGCAAAUUCAUCAGCCCCUGAAAGCUAAAGCAAACUCAACAGGACAAAAAAAGGAACAUGGGCUUUUCAAGUCCAGUAUGUGUCCUUUUCUUCUUUCUUGGAGUCAAAGUAUAUUGCCAGUAUGAAAGUUAUCAAUGGGAUGAAGAUUAUGACCAAGAACCAGAUGAUGUCUACCAACCAGAAUUCCAAUUUCAUCAAAAUGAAGAUUAUGGAGUUCCAUUUCAUCAGCAUACUUUAGGUUGUGCCAGUGAAUGCUUCUGUCCACCUAACUUUCCAUCAUCAAUGUACUGUGAUAAUCGCAAACUCAAGGCUAUCCCAAAUAUUCCAGCAUAUAUUCAGCAAGUUUAUCUUCAGUUUAAUGAAAUUGAGGCUGUGACUGCAGAUUCAUUCAUCAAUGCCACUCAUCUUAAAGAAAUCAACCUCAGCCACAACAAAAUUAAAUCUCAAAAGAUUGAUCAUGGUGUGUUUGCUAAAUUGUCAAAUCUACUACAACUUCACCUACAGCAUAACAAUUUAGAAGACUUUCCAUUUCCUCUUCCUAAGUCUUUGGAAAGGAUUCUUCUUGGUUACAAUCAGAUCUCCAGACUGCAGACAAAUGCUGUGAAUGGGCUAGUAAACUUGACCAUGCUUGAUCUUUGUUAUAAUCAAAUUGAUGAUUCUACAUUACAAGAAAAAAUCCUUGCGAAAAUGGAAAAACUAAUGCAGCUUAACCUAUGUAAUAACAGAUUAGAAUCAAUGCCUCCUGGUUUGCCUUCUUCACUUAUGUAUCUGUCUUUAGAAAAUAAUUCAAUAUCUGCUAUACCAGAAAAUUACUUCAAUGAACUCCCAAAACUUCAUGCUCUAAGAAUGUCACACAAUAAACUACAGGACAUCCCAUAUUAUAUUUUUAAUCUUUCCAACCUUAUAGAGCUCAAUGUUGGACACAACAAACUGAAGCAAGCAUUCUAUAUUCCAAGAAAUUUAGAACACCUAUACCUAGAAAAUAAUGAAAUUGAAAAUAUCAAUGUCACAUUGAUGUGUUCAUCUGUUGACCCACUACAUUACCAUCAUUUAACAUACAUUCGUGUAGAUCAAAAUAAGCUAAAAGAGCCAAUAAGCUCAUACAUUUUCCUCUGCUUCCCUCAUAUACACACUAUUUAUUAUGGUGAACAAAGAAGCACUAAUGGUCAAACCAUACAACUGAAGACCCAAGUGUUCAGGAGAUUUCAAGAUGAUGUUGACAGUGAAGAUCACGAUGAUCACCAUGAAGCCCCAGAAGAAGAAGGAACAGAAGAAAACGUUGACCCUCACUAUUAUGGAAGUCAAGAAUGGCAAGAAACUAUAUAAGUAUACAUUUAUAACGUCACAAAAUCUUAUUAUUCAAUAUAAAUUUAACUAAAUAUGCAUAGCUCAUAGUAAUAUACCUGGAAUUGUGUACUAGUAUGAGAUCAGAUUGAAUUUAGGUUGUUGACAACAUUUGCAUCAUUACACAGGAUUAGAACUUACUCAAAAUGAUACAAAUCUUUAGCAAUGUAAAUUAGAAUGAUAAGUAGGAAUCAAAAACUACACUUUGAAUAUUAAAUUAUCAUCAUGUUGAGGAAAAAAGCAAGUAUGACCACUUCUAUUAACAGUAAUUUUUCUAAUAAUGAUGAAAGACGUAGUGUUAGAAGCUAAGAACUGUAAACCAUGUGCUUCAAAUCACUAUGAGCAUAGUGUUUAAAUGCCAGAAUGUUAUAUUAAUGUAACAGCAGCUACUCAUUUAAGGAAUAGACUAUUUUUCUGACCUAAUGUCCAGAAAAGCUUUCACACUUGUAUUUGAAUAUCAUCACCAUGACAGCCACCGCCCUGGUCCUACCACUUAGAGCACAGAAUGAUAUUCUUGAUUUUCAAAAGAGGCUACCGUACUAAGGAUCCAAGGCACACAGACUUAUGAAAUCAACUAGUCUUGUUUUUCUCUCAGAGCACGAAAGCAACAAAUAUUUAAACCCUGUAUUUGGACACCUAAAAAACACCAAAUCAUCUUAUCACAAUUCGUAUUUUAGCAAAUUUCAGCAAUUGUACAAAACAAUCUUGACUGCGUUCCAGUGUUUCUAUAGUAAAUUCACUAGAGAAAGGUUUUAGUUACAUAAAGAUUUGCUAAUAAAUAACUGCUCUGUUCACAAGGUUAAGUUAAU